AUGACCUCACUCUUCUUCUCCCUCAGGUUCUUCCGGGGAGAGUACACGGUGGAGGUGGCGAUCAACGACUACCUGGACAUUUACUGCCCGCACUACGAGUGGGCGGAGGCUGCGGAGCGCAUGGAGCACUACGUGCUGUACAUGGUGAACUACGACGGCUACACGACGUGCGACCACCACAGGAAGGGCUUCAAACGCUGGGAGUGCAACCGGCCGCAGAGCCCCAACGGACCGCUCAAGUUCUCCGAGAAGUUCCAGCUUUUCACCCCCUUCAGCCUGGGCUUCGAGUUCCGGCCUGGACAUGAGUACUACUACAUCUCGUCUCCACAUCCAAACCUGGCUGGGAAACCCUGUCUGAAGCUUAAAAUCUACGUGAAACCGACCAGUGAGUCUCGUUUUCUCUCAUAUCAGCUC